GUCACUAACAAUGCACUCAUUCAUUCAUGAUCAGUUCUAGUGGUUAUUCCUGUCAUUCUUAUUACAUUAGUUAUAUUUUUUUUAGUUUUAUUAAAAUGUUUUUUAAAUAGUCGAUUGUUUCACUCCACUUUUUACACAAAGUGUAGAAAGCAAACAUUAUGUACCUAUCUAUAUUACGAUAUACGUGUGAAUUUAUAAAUUAUUUGUAGUUUAUAUACAUAAUUGGAUAUAUCAGUGACUUAAGAUGACGUCAUUGGAACUACGUGGAUAUACUCUUGGUGAAAAACAUAGACACUAUAAUGAACAUUUGGAAAAGAUUACUAAACAAAGCUGUGGUUCUUCACCUCAAAAAAUCAACCAGAAUGAUAGCGAUAUAGACAAUUUGCUAAAAAUAGACAUAGCCUGCCGAAAUAAAGAUGUUGAUUAUGUACUUGAUAUUUACAAAUGCGAAGAUAUGUUGUAUGUAUCCAGAGCCAUAAAACGAAGUACUUGGCUAAUUAAAGACAAUCAAUAUAAAAAUAUUAUUAAUCCCGAGUUCUUAUACACACAAUUAUUUCCAUAUAUGACAUCCAAAGCAAAAUGUAAAUUACUGUUGUCUAUCAGGCUUAACCUAAGAGAGGAAAGCCGAGUCGAAAAUUUUUUUGACUACAUUAAAAAAGAUAAUAUGAAAACUGCACUAAAAUGGUUACCAUAUUGCUCUACGGGUUAUAUAGAAAAAGUAGUUGAUGAGCACUACGAUAUCAUCACCCCUUCAUUACUUAAACGUCUUUGUGAGAAAUCUUUUAUAUAUUUAGAUAUAUUAAUAUCAAAAUUUAAUUGGGAAAGAAACCUAGAAUAUGACUUGGAAACAACAAAAUUGCUCAUGCAUAUUGAUCCUAAAAAGUUUAUAGAUAUUUUGCUAUCCGUAAAACCCUUCUUCAUUCCUCAACUUGGAGCAAGAGCCACUAAAACAGCAAUGAAAUCCUGUCCCGAUAAAAUAUCUGACUCAUUCCAGAGAUUCUAUCCUUAUAUUCAUCUUCCAACAUUUAUAAAAUAUUACAACCAUGAAAAAUUAAAAGAUUUUUUUGUAGCACAAAUGGAAGAUGGACACAUUAAAAAGAGAUUAAAUUUCUAUAUCCCAAUAUUUAAAAAGUAUAUGCCAAUAGAACACAGAUUACAAAUAGUAGAAACAUUCACCAAAGUUCAAGAACCGAUUGUAGAUAAAAAUACUAUCGAGAUUGAUGUAGACGAACUCUUAUCCAAAUGUGCUGUGGCCAGUAAUCUAUCAUUACCAGAUCCAAUAAUACGUUCUAGUUACAACUGGUACAACUUGCUACCUUUUGAAGUAGCUUUUUCAAAAAUAAAAAGUAUUAUUCAGACUGAAUCAUUAGGGCGUUCUCGGAAUAAUUUACUAAAAAUAUUAAUAUCUAGCGCUGGAAAUAACUUGGAUUAUAUACAUUCUCUGUUGCUUUAUUAUCGCGACAGACAUAUAAAUGAAGCAUUUGUGUACAAAAUUAUGUUUCUGAACAACAUACUUUUACUGACAAAUGCACAUAAAUUCAAUAAAAAAACUUGGAAAAUUUUAAACGAUCUAUUUUGUAGUAUAGGACUGUACGAGGAUUCAGAAAAAAAUCUUCAGAACUGUGUUGACUGCGUUCUUGUCUACAAUAUCCUUCACGAUAUCCCGGUGCCCGAAAUAAUUAAAACAAAAAUUAACACUCAUUCUAUAAAAACUUAUAAAAACAAAUUGAAUGAAACAGAAAAUGAAAUUAUUUUUAACUAUUUAUACAACCAUCUUUUAACGAAAUUACAUAAACGAAAAAUUACAAAUGUAGAUAAAUUUAAGAGAUCGGUUGAUAUAUUAGAAUCUCUCUUGAAUUUAUUAAAAGACUGGAAUAAAGAUUUGUGUAAUUAUACAGAUUUGUUAGAUAAAUUAAAGGGAUUUAUACAAAUGAAUAAACUGAAAUCAUGGAACUGUGAUCUCUCAAGUUUAUAUAGUAUAAAUAAAUCAUGGAAAAAAUACAUGUUUGAAGAAUCAUUCGCUUUAUACCCAUCUGAUGAACUAUGCGUCUAUGCACUUAAACAUAAUCCAGAUUUCCUUAAUCAGCACAAGGAUGAAAUCUUAGCAUCGAUAUUUGACAACAAUAAUAAGUUAAUCUAUUUAAAAAGAACAGUCGAGAAGCUGCGUAUAUAUUGGCCAUUGUCGGUAAGAUCUGAAUGGGCGGAAGAAUUUCAAAAGCAACUUGACACACCCACAGUACAUACAUUUUUUAAAGAAAUAUGCUUACUUUUGCCAUCAGACCAACUAAUCAAAAUUUUAAAGAAAUACGCACCGGUUGAAUCCAAAAUUGAAUUAAACGAAUCUAUCGAUCCAAUACUAACUUUACGCAAACAAAUAGCUAUGAAUAUGUAUUUAGCCAGACCUCUUCUUCCAUUCGAAACUGUCUUCUGGUACUCUAAAGGUGAUUAUCUUCAAUAUGCCCGACCAUCUCUGCACGCAAUAUUAAGUAAUAUUAGUCCAAUUAAGUGUACAGAUAUUAUAUCGAAAUUAAUAAAAAGCAAUCGAGUAUCCAUGCAGAAAUAUGGUAUUAUGCUUGCAACGGCUAAAUUGAAUAGCGAUGAAGCCAGACCCAUAUUGUAUAAUAUGUGGAAAGCUACCGACAACAUGUCUGUUCGUAAUUUAAUCUUUAAGAAAGUACACAGUAUAUUAAUUAAAGAAAAGAAUAUAGAAAUGUGGCAACUAUUAAAUAUUUUUAUUGAUGAUUUAUUAAAAUUGAAUAUUGGAAGUUCCACUAUAUAUAACACAAUAAAAAAAACUAACGAUAUUCCUGUUGACAUGAGAGUCAAAUUUUAUGUGAAAAGUUAUAUAUAUUUGUCAUCUUUACCAUUUGAUCCUAUAUGCACAAGUGUUUUAGAAUACUUAAAAUGUCAAAUAAAUCAAACUGUGUCAUUAUAUCUAUUAUGCGCGAAGGACGAGGAAUUACAAAUGCAAUCAUACAAUAAAGUUUUUAUUCCCUUCAUAGAUAACUGUAACCUUAAUGAAUUGACCAACUGUAUGAUAGCCGAUUUACAUAAAUAUAUCGGAAUUAAUAAUACAAUACCAUUCAAAAUGUUUGAAGCUAUACAAAGUGAACUAAAGAAUAGACUACCGGUAGACGAGAACUAUAUCCUACUAACCAAAUGGUAUUUAACUACUGCAUUUUUGAAGUCAAUAAGUGACUGCUUGCAAGACAGAACAGACAACAAAACAACAGCAUUCUACACGCAAGACAAUAACGUGCAAACCUCUCUAGUCGAUAUAUUCAACCAUUCAGAGACAAAAGAUAAAUGGAGUAAAAUAUGUGCAGCCAUGCUACCUGUCUUUGCUGAUAUAUGUAUACAAUAUUUGAAACAACAAGUCCAACUGUAUUCGCCUAGUAUAUACACGUUGUUUUCAACUGCUCUGAACAGUACAAUUGAAACCUUACGAUUUACACAUCGUUUGUUGUUAUUAAAAAAACUAUUAGCAAACGAGUACACGAUUAUAUACUUAGUAGUGCUACAAAUGCUACCAAAAAUUGAUGAGGUUUAUGAGAGUAAAGAAGAUGUUGAAAUUCGUAAAUUAUUAUUAACUCGAUUGCAUCCUGAUCAAAGAAUAUACUAUUAUGAAAAGUUUAAGGCUAAAAAGGGAAAUAAAUAGAAGUAUUUUUAAUUUUCAUACCUGGUUAAUUUGACAUUACAAUAAAUAAUAAUGUAAUAGUGUCAUAUAUAACUACUUUUGUAAGUUACUUAUACAUAUUCACUAGUAAAAUAUUUUUUUACUGAAAUAUAAUAUUAAAACGUUAAAAGAAUUUCAUUUAAUACAGAAACAAAAAUUAUUCCCAGUUAUAAAGACUUCUAUCGAGACCAAAAGGAAUUUUAAAUAAUAAGGCAUCCCUAAAUUUAAUAGUGAUUAAAGCCGAUAUAAAUAAAUAAAAUAAUAUAAACAAUACUUUGGUAUAAGAGCAUGACAAUGUUCCCCUCACUAAAAAUUGCAAUAUCUAUGUUAGGAAAAAUUUAUAAAUUCAUAUUUUCCUGGAAUAACUUCAGGAAAAAAGAAGUGAAUAGGGAAAUACUAUCUAACCAGAUAUAUGGGGGGAAGGGAUUGUUAGUAAUGUGGACUAAUGGCUCCAUUGCUAGCAAGCUCUAUCAGGUCGAUCUCCACGCGAUUCCUCCUGGAAACCAUUGUGAUUAAUACUUGUUGCAUUCGUCACGAUGGGCUAACUGACCUGCUUUCAUGGGGGGAAAGAGAUUGUUAGUAAUAGGGCUAACUGCCCCAUUGCUAGCAAUACACCCUAUCAGGUCGACCUUCACGUGGUUCUCCCUGGAAACCAUCAUGAUUAACUCUAGUGCAAUUUGUCACAAAAUUAGGAAAUUAUUUAUGCAUCGUUAAGGUAGCGUUACCCUUAGUAAGUACGUUAUACUAAGUUUAUGGUGUUACCUACGCCUCUAUACAAAAUUGUAGUCAACAUAUUUAAAUAGGUAUAUUAUUUAAAAUAAAACAAAAUCUUGGCAAAAACAUUUAUUGCCCAUUCACUUAUCCUAGGAAAUAUGUCACAAUAGUCAGCCAAGUGACAUGCCAACGAUUGCUACAUUAUUAUUAUUAGCAUAUGUCAAAAUUCGAUUUGGAAUGACAUUAAAAUUUACAUUUUACAUCAUUUGAACGUAGGUACUGGUCUCUAUCUUUACACAACUAUUUUCACAAAUAUUUUGAUAAAAUUGAUAUUAUAAACCUUAGUUGUAGAGUAAGUAGAAUUCUACGAUUUCCUUACUUAAAAUGCAUUACUUUCUAGACACUAGUCCUUUGCACGUAAGUAGGUAUCACAACGAUUCAUAACUACAAUAAUUUUAUUUCAUAACUGUCGCAACAAAAAUACAAUUACAGAAAACAAACAAAAAUAUUAUGUAAUGAAACGCAAAGAAUUUAUCUAAUAAUAGUACACCAAAUAAUAUUUCAAGACUUUUCAAAUGUGGCAUAUCUAGUUGUAUUACUGUUUUACAGAUAAGUAUAAUAAUUCAUAGAAUAAGAAAAUAAUGAAAACCAACCUUGUCUUGAAUCGCGUGAUAUUUAUCCUAAUAAACUAAUAUUAAAUACUACAAACAAUAAAACAAAACCAUUGCAAUUUUUGUUUAUUGUUUGUAAUAAGUAAUAUUAGAUAUAUUAAUUUACACAAAAUAGAUUUGGUAAUUAAAUUAACAAUUACAACUUAAAAUACAACUAACAUAGAUACGAAACCUUAUUACAAACGAAAAUUAUAAUUUCUAUAAAAUAAAUCUAAAAAUAUUAUUCCCUUUUAUUUCUUAGCAACACGGAAAGGCAUUGUCUUGGAAGAAAAAAAAACGUGUACAUGUAUUGUAAGGUUUUAUUUAAACAUUGACGAAUCGUGAAUUAAUACUUCUACUUUUUAUCUAUGUAUGAUUUGAUAACCUUUUUACGAAUCAUAAAAAAAUCAUCUAAAAAGUACAAAUCCGUCAAUUAUUAUGACAUGUCUUUUAUAUAAUUUUACAACAUUAAUCCUCUAAGGUCAUUGCUAUAUAAGUUUAUAUAGUUUGUUUCAACAGAACUUAAUAAGGAUUUAAACUAAUAGUUGACCUGACCAUAGGUAGUCUGCUGCUGACAUCCAAUCUGAGUAUACAAAUAAAAAACCAAUUGAUUCAAUGUUUUGAUUUGUUACUAUUUCGAGACUACACUAUUAAGAGCAUCUCUGCGAUAAUUUGAACAAAACUUGAUUAAGCUUUUAGUGAAACAGUUUAUAUAAUAGUUGGUUAAAGGUAUAUUACACUGUCAAAUAUAUUUGAUCAUAUGUACAUUUUACAAUCGUAAAUGCAGCACAUCUAGGCAAAUAUAACAAACUAAUCUAUCGGUAGAUACUUUUCUACGAACAAGAUGCUUGAUGUUGUCGUCUCAUUCUAUCUCACUCAAACGGUAGCGAACACAUGUCUACCAAAAGAUCCGUUUACCAACUGAUAAGGAGAAUUAUGUAUAAAUAAAAAAUUGUCUAACUAGCCAAUAACCUAAGUUACUCAAAACCUUGUAAAAUUUCAUAAAUUAAUCUCCAUAUAGCGCUUAUAUUUGAUAGUCUAAUAUCCGAAUACGGAUACGGACGGAUUUGACAAAUCCUAUUAAAUCACGAUUCAGUUUUAGACUGUUUAUUUAUCCUUACGAUUGUCAUUUUUUUUUAAACAAAAUUCGAGGAGGAAAAUAAAAAUGGGACGUGCUUCUAUUAGAGUUGUUUUUUUUUA